UCUUUGUUUCACUGUUUUCCUCACCACCUCCCCCUCCUACAUAAACCACCUCCUCCCUUCCUCCUUGCCUCUUUCCUUCUUGUUUCUUGAAAUCUGGUGUGGUGCUCUCCCUCUCUCUCUCAUUCCCACUCCACUCACAACAAAUAUCUUCCUUCAAACUCUUCAAACAACAAAAGGGGGAGAUGGGUUAGGCCUAAAUCUGGGUUCAAGCCACAAUCUUUUCAGUGGGUUUCUUGUUUCUUGAAAUCUUGUUAAGAGUUAUUAAAACAUGAACCAAAUUAUGGAAACUUUUUUCAUGUUGUUGUUUUCUUGAUUUUAUUUAUAAAAACUGGAAGAGGAAGAAGAAGAGGGUGUUGUUCAUCAUCAUCAUCAUCAUCACAAGGGUCUUAUUCUGGAUCCUCAAAGAGACCAUCAUCACCUUCCUCUUUACAACAACCAAGUGGUGGAAGAUUCAAAACAAGAAAUUCAAACAAGAGGGUUUCAUGGGUUCCAACAACACACACAAUUAGGUACCAAAAAACGCCCAUAUUUCCAACAAGAAUAUGCACCGGAAAAAAUGGGAGAAAGUUAUCAAUAUCAUCACCAACAAAACAACCAACAACAACUCCACAACAACCAACAAGCAAGUGGGUCAUCAAGAUUGGGAUUAAGAACCACCGGCGGCGAGAUUGUAGAAGUUCAAGGCGGCCACAUUGUCCGCUCCACCGGUCGAAAAGACCGCCACAGUAAAGUAUGCACCGCUAAAGGACCACGCGACCGGCGCGUACGGUUAUCGGCUCACACGGCUAUACAAUUCUACGACGUACAAGACCGCCUCGGCUACGACCGGCCGAGCAAAGCCGUUGACUGGCUGAUUAAAAAGGCAAAAGCCGCCAUUGAUGAGCUUGCUGAGCUACCGGCGUGGAAACCCACAACAACAAACCCUAGUUCGACUUCAGUGGCGGUUAAUUUUGAGCAAAACCCAGAUCAAUUAGGGCAUUUUGAGCAACACCCAGAUGAUAAUAUGGUUGAUAAUCAAAUGGGUAGUAAUCAAAAUUCAAGCUUUUUGCCUCCUUCACUUGAUUCUGACUCGAUUGCUGAUACUAUAAAGUCGUUUUUUCCGAUGGGUGCUUCUUCAAACCCUACAAAUGAUAAUACUUCUUCAGGUAUGCAGCAGUUUCAUCAGAGUUUUCCACCGUCGGAUUUGCUCUCACGCGCUAGUAAUCGGAGUCAAGAUCUGCGGCUGUCUCUUCAAUCGUUUCAAGAUCCGACAAUUCUUCAACACCACCACCAGAAUCAAAACGAACAAGCGGAUAAUAAUAAUAAUAAUAUUAAUAUUAAUAUUAAUAAUAAUAUGUAUUAUGACGGGUCGGGUUGGGCGGAUAACCCGGGUGGUGGUGGGUAUCAAAGAAUGGUGGCGUGGGGUGGAGAUGCGGUGGCAUCCACCGGAUUUGUAUUCAGUUCGCAACCGGCUGCGGCGCAAACGACGCCGUUUCUGCAACCGUUGUUUGGUCAAGCAACCAACAAUCAGUUGUUUAACAAUAGUUCUCAGAGGGGACCCCUUCAGUCCAGUACAGCACCUUCGUUUCGGGCUUGGAUCGACCCGCCGCAACCGUUUACGGGUGUGGCGAUUGAUCAGCACCCGACCCUUGCGUUCCACCACCCGUCUUCGAUCCCCGGCUUUGCUUCCGGGUUGGGUGGGUUCUCAGGGUUUCGGGUUCCAGCUCGAAUUCAAGGGCAAGAGGAGGAACACGAUGGCAUAUCGGAUAGGCCUUCGUCCGCUUCCUCAGAUUCUCACCAUUGAUUCAUUGUGAAUUUGUAAUUGUUAUCCUCCCCCAAACAGGAAAAUUUGAAGCAAUUUGGCAAGAGAAGAGGGGGGCACAAUUCCACUAAUCAAUCAAUCAAUGGGUGCUACAAGAAAAGCUGAGUUCAUAUUCAGGUUUUCAAGAUUUAGUUUUCAUGUUUGAAUUGAGCUCUUUGUUUAGCUCUAAACCAUGUUUUAAUUUAAAUUAUCUGGAUUUCAUGUUUUUAGGCCAUGUAUGUGACUAUGUUAAUUGCCUUGUUUUGCUUUACAAUUAAAAUACUCUGCUCAAACAGGGAAAGUGAUUUGUUUUUCUGUUAA